UGAGCGUGUCCCACAAACUGUGAUUGGCUGAGCCGUCCCGCGAACGCGAUAGCGGGAUGGCGAAGUAGGAGCCGGGAAGAAUCGCCGGGAUCGCUUUGGCGGCUGUCGGUGUCUGUUCGGAUGCGGCGGUGAUCGUGUCACCGGGAAGCGGGACUUUGCAAGACCCGGCGGAUGAGAGUUCUUGACAGCCUGACUGUCAUUUUCAGCGACCUGUCUACGUCGUUGUCUCCGACUGGACAGGAUGAGUCCGACGCGGGAGAUCAAACAGCUUCAAAAAGCCAAAAUCAAGGCGCAGAGUACCAGCAACCUCAAGGAAGAAGCCAGUCUGUGCAACCAGCUAGGAGAAGCCCUGGCCCGCAUCGGUGAGUUUGAGGCUGCCAUUGAGGAGCAUCGGCAGGAGCUCGCCCUAUCAGAGGUGCUGCAGGAUGUGAUUGGCAGCGCCGUGGCCAAUCGCAAGAUAGGAGAGUGCUUUGCGGAGCUUGGCAACAUCGAGACUGCAUUGAAGCACCAGCGCCGUCACCUAGAGCUGGCACGCUCGGUCCGGGACGCCGCUGAGGAGCAGCGGGCGCUGGCCACCAUCGGCCGGACCUUCCUGUUCCGCUUCGAGUCGGACCAGUCGCGGGAGAGCCUGCAGCACGCGGAGGACGCCUUCCGGAAGAGCCUCUCCAUCGUCGAUGAGCGUCUGGGAGGCGCAGUACCGGCCCGUGAGCUGAGUGAGAUGCGAGCGCGCCUCUUCCUGAACCUGGGCUUCGUGUACGACGGCCUGAAGGAGCCGGAACGGUGCAGCGACUUCAUCCGGCGGAGCAUCUUCAUCGCGGAGAAGAACCAGUUGUUGGAGGACCUCUAUCGCGCCAACUUCAACCUGGGAAGCAUCCACUUCCGGCGGGAGCGGCCGUCGCAGGCGGUGCGCUGCCUGGAGCAGGCGCGGGACUGCGCUCGCAGGAUGAAGGACAGGCUUGGCGAGAGCGAGUGCUGCAGCAGCAUCGGCAAGGUGCUGCUGUCCCUGGGGGACUUUACCGCCGCCCGGCGCUCACUGAAGAAGGCCUUCACCCUGGGCUCGCAGCAGCCCGCAGACAGACAGGCCGUGAGGCGGAUGCUGAAGCAAGCAAUCCGGGGGUGCCAGCUGGAGGAGGCGCUGUCGGAGCUGGGCGCCGGGCCCUCGCAAGAGGCGCUGGGGCUCUGGGAACAACUGGGCGACCUGCUGUCCAAGGUCUGCUGCUACAGCAAGGCGCUGGAGUCCUACCAAUCACAGCUGUCCAGUGCCGUGGCGCUGGGAAAGCCGGCCCGGGAGCUGGCUGUGAUCCACGUUUCCCUCGCUGCCACCUACACUGACCUGAGGAAACCCCAGGAGGCUCUGGGGCACUACAAGCAGGAGCUGGAGCUGAGGCCGGGCGCCCCCAAGGAGGAGUGCGAGUCCUGGCUAAACAUGGCCAUGUGUGUGGAGGACAGCAGGGCGCCCCCGGAGGAGGUGGAGCGCUGCUACCGCUCAGCUCUGCGCUGUGUGGAGGGAGCUGGGCUGCACUCGAUGCAGCGCCGUGUCCUGAAGGCAUGGCUCGCAGCACAGCGGCGAUCCGGGUCGGCCCAGUGUGCCGACACAGAGGCACGACUCCUGCAGCUCGGAGACGUGGACGAGAGCGAGGGAGAGGAGAAUGAGGAGGAGGAAGAGGGCAGCAGCGAGCCUCAGGAGGACAGUGACAUCCAGCUGUCUGACUCAGACGAUGACCUGGAGGAAUAUGACAAGCUGCUUCCGGGCCGGAGGCGCGCUGCCCGAUGGAACAAGCGCAAUGAGAAGGGCGAGACGUGCCUGCACCGGGCCUGCAUCGAUGGGAACCUCAAGCAGGUCCACUUCCUGGUGGAACAGGGCCACCCGAUCAACCCCAGGGAUUACUGUGGCUGGACCCCACUGCACGAGGCCUGUAACCAUGGACACCUGGAGGUGGUGGCGGUGCUGCUGGACCGAGGGGCCAACGUGAACGAUUCUGGGGGCCCGCUGUGUGAGGGGGUGACUCCGCUGCACGACGCCCUCGGCUGCGGUCACUUCCCCGUGGCCCGGCUGCUGCUGGAGCGGGGGGCCUCCGCUGUGCUCCGGGACGCCAAGGGCUUGACCCCUCUGGACUGUCUGCGGAAGUGGUGGAGGACGUACAGCCGUGAGCUGGACCAGGAGACGCGGGAUGAGUGUGCCGUCAUGGAACGGCGGCUGAAGGCUGCUAUGGCGACGGCAUGCACUGCUCCGGUCGCGCCGAAACCUACAGGUGUGCUGCAAGACAGCCAGCUGUUUGACGCUGAGAAUUCCGAGCCCCUGCUUCCCUCCGAGGGACCCUGUUCUUCCCCCGAGGACCAGAGGUCUGAGUCAGACGCAGUACCCAGCUGUUUGGACAGGGGCCGUCGGCAGCGAGGGGCAGAGGACGCAGUCCUUUAUGGGCGUGACAGCCCUUCGGACCACAGUGAUUCUGACGGUUCCAUAAGCCCCUUGCGGCCCGUCCGCCCUCGCCAGCGUUUCCCAGAGCCCCCUCCUCCAGCACGUGCUCCCAGCCAAGACUGCCGGCUGGCUGCUCCACCGCCCCCUGACUGUGGGCCAGAGGACUACCAGAGGACCAUUCGCAACCUGGGCAGUGCGCAGACCCGCCUCCUUUCCCAGAACCUAUCAGAGCCCUGCUUCAGCAGCACACCAGCAGCACCAGCCAAUUGCAGGCCAGCACUAGUACCAGAGGAGGACUAUCUGGAAGAUGAUUGGCUGGAGGAUGAUUUGGGCGACGCGCAGCCGAAAAAGAGGCGGAGAGUUUGGGCGGAGCAGCCAGAAAGGCGGCGGGAGGCGAGUGACCAGCGUCAUGGCAACUCAUUGGAUCCGUCAGGGGACGUUACCCCCUCGCCCAGAGGGGGGCGAUCUCUGCACCGGAUGGGCCAGAGAAGCAGGCAGGUGAAGAUGACCCAGCUUCCUGGGCUGGUUCAGCUAGGGAGGAAAGAGGUCAGCCGGCCUCAGAGCCCCUCCAUGGAGGGGCAGUCUGGGAACACGGCCCCCGCCGGACACGGCACACAGCCACAUGCUGUACCUCAAAGUAUGCCCGCCUCUAUGCCUGCUCCAAUCAGAAUGAGGGUCAAAGUUCAGGACAAUGUCUUCCUGAUCCCGGUUCCUCACAGUGAGGCGGACAGCUGCACCGUCUCCUGGCUCUGUGCCCAGGCCGCCCAGCGCUACUACCAGGCCUGUGGCCUCCUGCCGCAGCUCUCCCUACAGAAAGAGGGCGCUCUUCUCUGCCCCAGUGACCCGCUGCUGGCCGUGCUGCAGACCAACGAGGAGGUCUUGGCUGAGGUUUGCUCCUGGGACCUCCCUCCUCUGCCUGAGCGCUACAGGAAAGCCUGUGACAGUCUGUCUGUGGCUGAGAACAGGCUUGUGUCCCGCCUAUGUGAGGCACAGGAUGGUGGCCCCUCUGUGACUUUUUGUGGCCUCAGUCUGCCCCCUGCUGGCCUCGCCCCGUUACUGCGUGCCCUCAAGUUACAGGCCUCCUUAACGGAACUUCGUCUCUCUGGCAACCGCCUCCAUGAUGACGUUAUGCCCGAGCUUGUUUCUGCCCUAAUCACCAUGCCCAAGCUCCGCCUCCUUGACAUUUCAGCCAAUUGCAUCACAGGGGAGGGGCUGAAGAAGGCGAGUGCGGUGCUGGACAUCCAAAAUGCGGCAGCGUUUCCAUGUCUGGAAGAGCUGAACCUGAGUGCUAAUCCUCUGGGAGACUGGGUAUCGCAGCCUCUCUCCUCUGUCCUGUCAGCCUGCCCCCUGCUGGCCACACUGUCCCUGCAAGCCUGUGGCCUCACUGCUCGUUUCCUGCAGCAACAUCGCCUCCUGCUGGCCAGCACACUUGCGGGUACCGGCCACCUUCGUUCUGUGUGCCUUUCCCACAAUGCACUGGGCUCCACCGGGCUUGAGUUGGUGCUGAAGAGCCUACCUCUUCACUGCCUGACUCACAUCCACCUCUCGGCCGUGCGCACAGGCCCAGCUGACCUUCCCGGCGUCGAGCACCUGGCUAAGCACCUGUCCCAGGGGGACUGCACUGUGCAACAUCUGAGCUUGUCUGCCAACGGCCUGAGUGACGCUGACGUCCUGUGCUUGGCCAGGUGCCUGCCCCUCUGCCCAUCUCUGGAAUCCCUAGACCUGUCGGGGAAUCCUGGUGUGACGGAGACUGGCCUUGGUGCCCUGCUGGCGGCGCUCAGGGACACGGGCCGAAUGCUGGCCUUCCUUGACUUGCAGGGUUGCUCAGUGUGGCGGCCCUGUGACACGGGGACAGAGGACGGCCUGUCCUCCUGUGUUGGGGAGCUCCGGCUCUGUUCCCGCCGGCUGGAGAAGCUCGAUCGGCAGGCUCUGCUGCACAGCCUGGGUGUGCCGGAGGAGGCUGUCCUCUCCCGAAACUCCCUGUGCCUGAUCAGGACUUCCCCUGCCCCGUGAAGCUGCACCUGCCCCCAGGAAGACCGGACACCUGAUCCAGCAGCUUCUGAAGAUGUCAGAUGGAUGCCUUCCCUGGUGCCUGUGGCAUUAAGGACUAUAUUUAUUACAUAUUAAUAUGUGUGUGUGGGUGUGUCCACUAAGGGUGUGAGAUCUGACGAUAUUAGAUUAUGAACAAUUAACACGUUUCUAUUAUCUGCCUUUACGGAGGUCGUUAAUAUCCUUACAGCCCAUACCUGCAUUUAAAGUUGUUUUGUCAGCCAAAUCCUUUCUGACCCACCAAUGAUCAGUAAACUGUAGAUAUUGCCUAA